UUUGUGUGAUAUAGUUGAACUUCAUGCCCAUAAAGACGGUGAACAGCUCUGGAUGUCUCACUGCAUCACAGCUUUGGUUCACUCUGCAGAGCUCCAGUUCACUGAUCACACCUGACAGAGUUUGAUCCUAAUCAGUGAAAACAUGCUGAUCAGCUGACAGCGUUCUUCUUUCAGUGCUGGAACAACAACUGCAGCAGCAGCAUGUCUCUGAUCAGUCUGUCCAGAACAGUUAGUAAAUGUGUCUUCAGCUGAGCAGCAUCAGAGCAUGUUGAAGGAAGGAAACCACACAGCUGGAGUUAGAUGUAGUCAUGUGGUCUCCAGGAAACAGAGGAGGAGCAGCUCUGAGUGAGACAAAAACAUUAGAAGGAAACGAACAGUUCAGACUCCAUUUUACAGUCGACAGAGGAGGACAACAUGGAUAAAACAUGACGAUGGCUAAAGAAGACCUUCUGAGGACUUUGAAGAGUUGGAAGAAGAGGAGUUUGAAAAAUUCAAAUGGUUCUUGAAUCAGGACAAUGUCCUAGAAGACUCCAAAUCAAUCCCAAAGUGUCGACUGGAGAAGGCAAACAGGAUCAACACUGUGGAUCUAAUGGUCCAGACCCAUGGUACUACAAAUGCCCUUAAAGUCACUCAGGAGGUUUUAAAGAAGAUGGAUAGAAAUGAUCCGGUUCCAGCAAAAAUCUCAAGAACCAUCAAAGAACCUACAGAUAUUCUGUCCGGGUUUAAAGACAAACUCAAGUCUAACCUAAAGAAGAGGUUCCAGUGCGUGUUUGAGGGCAUCGCUAAAGCAGGACAGCUGACCCUCCUGAAUGAGAUCUACACAGAGCUGUACAUCACAGAGGAGGGACUGCAGAGUUCAAUGAUGAACAUGAGGUCAGACAGAUUGAAGCAGCAUCCAGGAAAGCAGCCAGAGCAGAAACAAGUAUCAGAGCAGAAACAGCCAUCAAACCAGAAAACAUUCUUGUAGACCCAUCUGGAAAAGGCAUACCAAUCAGAACAGUGAUGACACAGGGAGUGGCUGGCAUCGGGAAAACAGUGUUAACACAGAAGUUCACUCUGGACUGGGCUGAAGGUGAAACCAACCAGGACAUACAGCUCAUGUUUCCAUUCACUUUCAGAGAGCUGAAUGUGGUGAAAGAGAGAAAGUUCAGUUUGGUGGAACUUGUUCAUCACUUCUUCAGUGAAACCAAAGCAGCAGGAAUGUGCAGCUUUGAAGACUUCCAGGUUGUGUUGAUCUUUGACGGUCUGGAUGAGUGUCGUCUUCCUCUGGACUUCCACAACAAUGAGGUCCUGACUGAUGUUAGAGAGUCCACCUCAGUGGAUGUGCUGCUGACAAACCUGAUCAGGGGGAAGCUGCUUCCCUCUGCUCGCAUCUGGAUAACCACACGACCUGCAGCAGCCAAUCAGAUCCCUCCUGACUGUGUGCACAUGAUGACGGAGGUCAGAGGGUUCACCGACCCACAGAAGGAGGAGUACUUCAGGAAGAGAUCCAGAGAUGAGGAGCAGGCCAGCAGCAUCAUCUCCCACAUGAAGACAUCACGAAUCCUCCACAUCAUGUGCCACAUCCCAGUGUUCUGCUGGAUCACUGCUACAGUUCUGGAGAAGCUGCUGAGAACCAAAGAGGGAGGAGAUCUGCCCAGAACCCUGACUGAGAUGUUCAUCCACCACCUGGUGGUUCAGGUCAAAAUCAAGAGGGUCAAGUAUGAAGGAGGAAAAGAGACAGAUCCACACUGGAGUCCAGACAGCAGGAGGAUGAUUGAGUCUCUGGGGAAACUGGCUUUUGAGCAGCUGCAGAAAGGAAACCUGAUCUUCUAUGAGUCCGACCUGACAGAGUGUGGCAUCGAUCUGGAAGCAGCCUCAGUGUACUCAGGAGUGUUCACACAGAUCUUUAAAGAGGAGAGUGGGCUGUACCAGGAUAAGGUGUUCUGCUUCGUCCAUCUGAGUGUUCAGGAGUUUCUGGCUGCAGUCUACAUGUUCCACUGUUACACCAACGGAAACACUGAGGUGCUGAAGAAGUUCCUGGGAGAAGACUACAUGAACUCACCCCUGGAUAUUUUCCUGGACAGAGUCAUGAAUAAAUGCCUCAGCUGUAGAAAUGGUCACCUGGACCUGUUUGUUCGCUUCCUUCAUGGUCUCUGUCUGGAGUCCAACCAGAGACUCUUAGGAGGUCUGCUGCGUCGGACAGAGAAAUGUUCAGAAGUGAUCCAGAGAGUCAUCAACAACCUGAAGAUGAAGAAACCAACAUUUCUCCAGACAGAUGCAUCAACAUCUUCCACUGUCUGAUGGAGAUGAAGGAUCUCUCAGUACAUCAGGAGAUCCAAGAGUUCCUGCAGUCAGAGAACAGAUCGAAGAAGAAACUCUCUGUGAUCCACUGCUCAGCUCUGGCCGACAUGUUGCAGAUGUCAGAGAAGGUUCUGGAUGAGUUGGAC